UUGUGACAGAUUGAAGGGCUGACAGUUGGACUAGAAACAGAAAUAUAACAUGUCCUCUGGGUGUCUCAUGGUUAACACAUCUCACUGCUAAUGAGGCUGGAGGAGGAGGAGGAGGAGGAGGAGGAGGAGCAGAAAGAGGAGGAGGAGCAGAGCGCUGGCUUCAUACAGUCCUUUGCUCAGUCGGAGUUCAGAAGGAGGUUUUCCUCCCGCUGAGGAGAUUCUGACGGCAUGACAACAGCUUCCUGAGAGAGACAGAGAGACAUUCUCAUCUCAGUUUCCACGGUGACGGCAUCCCCCCAUCCUCCUCUUCUUCCUCCAUCUCUCCGUCCGGCUGCUGUCAGCUCGUCGUCGUCAGGAUGGGAGAUAAAGGAACCAGAGUGUUUAAGAAAGCCAGUCCAAAUGGAAAGCUCACCGUCUAUCUUGGGAAGAGGGACUUUGUGGACCAUGUGGACCUGGUAGAGCCUGUGGAUGGUGUUGUUCUGAUCGACCCAGAGUACCUGAAGGAGAGGAAAGUGUUCGUGACUCUGAUCUGUGCAUUCCGCUAUGGUCGUGAGGAUCUGGACGUCCUGGGCUUGACGUUUCGGAAGGACCUGUUUGUGGCGAACAUCCAGGCAUUUCCUCCACUGCCUGAAGAGAAGAAGAGUCUGACUCGUCUUCAGGAGCGACUGAUUAAAAAGCUGGGAGAACACGCCUACCCGUUCACGUUUGAGAUUCCUCUGAACCUGCCGUGCUCCGUCACUCUGCAGCCGGGACCAGAGGACACCGGGAAGGCCUGCGGAGUCGACUUCGAGGUCAAAGCUUUCUGUGCUGAAAAUGUGGAAGAAAAGAUCCACAAAAGGAACUCGGUCCGUCUGGUGAUCAGAAAGGUGCAGUAUGCUCCAGAGAAACCUGGUCCUCAGCCAACGGCGGAGACCACCAGACAGUUCCUGAUGUCGGACAAACCCCUGCACCUGGAGGCCUCUCUGGACAAGGAGAUUUAUUACCACGGGGAACCCAUCAGUGUCAACGUCCAUGUCACCAACAACACCAACAAGACGGUGAAGAAGAUGAAGAUCUCGGUGCGACAGUACGCAGACAUCUGCCUGUUCAACACAGCUCAGUAUAAAUGUCCGGUGGCCGUCGAGGAGUCAGAUGAUGUUGUCGCUCCCAGUUCCACCUUCUGCAAAGUCUUCACCCUCACCCCGUUCCUGGCCAACAACCGAGAAAAGCGAGGCCUGGCUCUGGAUGGAAAACUGAAGCAUGAGGACACCAACCUGGCUUCCAGCACACUUUUGAGAGAGGGAGCCAACAGGGAGGUCCUGGGCAUCAUCGUGUCCUACAAAGUCAAAGUGAAACUGGUCGUGUCGCGAGGCGGGCUCCUCGGAGAUCUGGCUGCCAGUGACGUCUCCGUCGAGCUGCCGUUCACGUUAAUGCACCCGAAGCCGCUGGAAGAGUCCAGCUACAGAGACGCUGCAGAUGAAGCUCCGAUCGACACAAACCUGAUUGAGUUUGACACAAACGAUGAUGACAUCGUCUUUGAAGACUUUGCCCGCCAACGGCUGAUUGGAGCGAAAGACGAUAAGGAGGAAGAUGAGGAACCUGUGGACUCUCCCAAACUCGAUGACAGAUAGAGGCAGCGAGUGUCCCCAUCCAGGGUGCUGUUUAUAUCGUGGAGCUAACGGAUGUUACCUGUAGUCCAAACCACAGUCUGGACACCCUUCAAACACUCGCUGGUGCUGUGUUUGUGUGCUCGUUCAUGUUCGUCCUCUCUCUGCAUCCUGCAGGGUGUAAAAAGCCUUGUUUUUUCAGACGGAGCAGCUCUCCAUCCCGUCACCAGCCGGCAGAACGCUGGGCCGGUGUUGUGCCGACAGCUGGAAGCAUGCCUCUGUCUCUUUAUCCUACGUGUUUCUGUUAGAGAUCCAACGGAAGUGAAGUAGUCUUGAAAUUAGCUUCAGUGUUUCGUAUCAGAGCGUCUUCGUAAACAACACUGCCAACUUGGGAAGACUGUCCACCACUGGAGCCAUGAGCAGGACUCCAGGUGUUCACAUCUGCCGCAUCGAUCUGCAGGAUGCUCUGACCCCAGAGAGGACGAGCAACAGGUGCAUGAAAUAUAUCAAUACUUUCUAUGAUUUAUUAAUGUUAGAAAUAAUCCGCCUGUAUAGAGGAGCAGCGCUGGUUUGUUGUGUCAUGCUGAUCAUUUUCCAAAUCAUCAGCGGUGCUGAGACCAUCUUGGAGACCUCAGUGAGUCCUGGUUGAUGAUUCUCAGAUGGUUCUGGGUUAGAAGUGAAGUCUUUUAAUGAAACUUUUUAUUUAUUAGGUCCAAUUUUUUUCCUUUUUUUCAGGGGGGCAUUUUUACUUUUAAAACUGAGUUUAUCAAAUUUAAUAAUUAUUGAAGCAGCUGGGGCCAAUUAAAGAAAGCCUCCAAUAAAAGAAUUUAAGGAUCCCUAAAACCCAAAGUCCUCACAUGAGGACUUAUAUUCUCUAUUUCUUGCUUAAAGACGGCGCUCAGGUUGUACUACUCGUCUCAAAGUCGAACCACACAAGACGAAUUAAAAACGCUGCCAAACGUCAGUGCAAGAGAACAACCUGUCGCCAUGGAAACACGUUUUAUUAUGAUACAAGUCUUAGCACAUUAAGUGCCUUCAUUUUCCUUAACUGAAGAAAUCCGUCCUUCAGAAUAAAGUGUUCAAUCUGAGGAAAAUGAAGGUGUUUUGUCCAUCUGGGUCCAGGUGGAAACAUCUGUCUGCUUCAGAUAAUCUGCCCAAAAACUAGAAAACAGUCUAAAAUUAUCCAGAUUAAAGAAACCGACAUCUGACUGUCCCUGAACACAACACAGGAAAUGGACACAGGAAGCUGAGAGAUGAUGUGUAAACUGAUCAGAUGAUUUAUUGAUUAACAGAUGGAGAAAAGCAUUAAAACAUCCUUUAAUGGCAUCAUGUAUGUUAUCAGGA